AUGACUGCUUUCAGUGUUUCAUUGGAUUAUUUGCAUCGCGGUUUCGACUUAUCUGAUGAACUCGAGAGGAAGUAUUCAGUUUACAGCGAGAAACAACCUCCUCUCAACGAUUAUCUUCAUCCCAAAUACUCGUUACCACCAAUUCCUAUUGAUAUCGAAAAUCAGCAAGGUUAUUUCGAGUUCUUGAGAACACCGGCGGCAAUCGGCUCAAAGAAGAUGUCGAUUGCGAGGAUCGAAAACGGCUCAGGAUCUCCACCGAAACGAUCCACACCAAGCGAAAUUAUCGUGUAA